GCCAUGCGGGUGCACCUGGGCGCGCUGGCGGGCGCGGCGGCGCUGACCGGGGCGCUCAGCUUCGUGCUCCUGGCGGCCGCCAUCGGCACGGACUUCUGGUACAUCAUUGACACGGAGCGGCUGGAGCGGGGCGGCCCCGGCGUGCGGGGCCGGGCGGGGGCCGCCAACCGCAGCCAGCUCGAACCUCUGAGCUCGCACUCCGGCCUCUGGCGCACCUGCCGGGUCCAGAGCCCGUGUGCGCCGCUGAUGAACCCCUUCUGGCAGGAAAACGUGACCGUCAGCGACUCAAGCCGGCAACUUCUCACCAUGCAUGGGACAUUUGUGAUUCUGCUGCCGCUCAGCCUUAUCCUGAUGGUUUUUGGGGGGAUGACGGGGUUUCUGAGCUUCCUCCUUCGAGUCUCCAUCCUCCUCCUGCUCACGGGGACCCUCUUCCUCUUUGGAGCCUUGGUGACCCUCGCUGGAAUGAGCGUCUACAUCGCGUACUCGGCCGCCGCCUUCCAGGAGGCACUGUGUCUCCUGGAGGAGAAGGCCCUCCUGGACCAGGUGGACAUCCGCUUCGGCUGGUCCCUGGCCCUGGGCUGGAUCAGCUUCGUCACCGAGCUGUUCACCGGGGUGGCCUUCGUGGUGGCGGCCCGUGUGCUCAGCCUGAGGCAGAGGCAGGACCAGGCCGUCUGA